AUGGAUUCUGAAGAUUUGGAACAUAAACAAAUGAAAGUUCUUGUAAAUUCGACAUUCUUAGGAAUAUUUUUUGUUGAAAUUUUAUUUGGAAUUCGUGGUAUAAUUAUUUUACCAAUGAGAACAGAUUAUUUGCUUGUAUUACUUUUCGUUAUUUUUGUAUCUGGGAUAUAUACUAUUGUCGAGAAAAAAUUAAUCUAUUUAUUAGCCUUUUGUGUAAUUCAUAUCAUACCAAUCAUGGUUUUAAUUAACAUUGCGGUCGAUGACAUUUUAAAUAUUGAAGAUGAAUAUGUUGACAUAAAUGGAUUUGAAGAUAACAAGGAAGACAAGGAAGAGUUGAAAAAAUUUGUUAAACCUAAUAUUUUUGCCAGUGCUAUUCUAAGAAAAAUGUAUUACGAAUUUAGAUACUGGGAUGUUACUAAAAUUUCAAUACCAAGUGAACUACGAGGAUCUUACAUAAGUUACAAAUAUUAUAAUUUCAUUUUACACAUUUUGUUACAUUUUAUUGUCACAUUUCAGGGACUUCUUACUACUUACAACAUAUAUGAGUAUACUAUAAAUAAUAGUAAUGUUGAAAUGGCAAUUACGAUGUCAAUACGUUUAUUGCCGUUCUUUUAUAUGACAUUCAGUUCAAAAAUUAUUAGAUUGGAAUCAAAGUGGCGCGUAUUUUUGAUUUAUAUUUCUCUUAUUUGGCAAAUAAUUAUCACAAUACGUGAUUUACAAAAUGAUUCAAAAUAUUUAUUCGGUAUACACGGAGUAACUUUAGUUUUAACAUGUUUAUUAUUUUUAAAUACAAUAGUAUGUCAUUUAAAUUUUGGUAAAAUUGAUAAAAGCGGCAAAGAACUUAAAUAUUAUCUCGAAUUUGAUCCUGAAUUGAAGGAUGAAUACGAGUAUUCAAAAUUAAAUAUUGUUGAUGAUGAAUCGGAUUCAGAAUUAUUUUAUAAACAUUAUUGGAAAUCCAUUAAAAAGUUACCCAACUUUCUUAAAGAAUGGUUGAUAGAUGAUCAAGCACAAAGAACGUCAAAUACGAAAAAUACCGUUCCAAAAGUGAUUAUAUAA